AUGCUCCUUGCUUCGCCCUGGAGACCCCUCACUGCAAAAACACGGACACGGGAGCAGUCAAGGAUGAAAAUCUUCAUCCUUGUCUUCAUCGCCGCUGCAGACCUCACCUAUGCACACCCGCAUGAAGGCAAUACACCACUUGGCACCUCCCCAACGGGACAACCGCCAUCACAGCCGAUGGCCAACAGCGCAUCUUCCGCGUCAAACAGAACGACUUUUCCGCUUCCCUCAUCUCUCAGCCAUUUUCAUUGUAGCCACGUCUAUAAGAUAACAACUGCGUCCGCUUUUCCAGGCCUGUCCCUGGCUUUGCCCGGCUUUCCCGGCUUUGCCCGGCUUUGCCCGGCUUUCCCAGGACACAUAUCUCGAUAUUGCCCAUAUCUCCACUCUCAAUCACAUCCGGCAUCAUGCCCCUCCCUCCUGAUCCCUCGUACUUUUGGUGUGCUCAUUGACCAAUCUGGACGGACGUAUUAUCAUUUCAUGACCUACUUUCCCAGGCCAUCUCUUGAAACUCACUGGAUACGUCUGUCUCAUGCCCAAAAGAAAUCCGUCAAGGAGCUGCUCGAACCAAUUUUUCAACAGUUGCGAAAAGUACCAUCACCGCCCCUCGACAAAGGACGUUUGACUUGGGGCAGUGGAGUGCCAAGAAGGUGUAUAGACACCAGAAGGUGGGACCGUGUUGCGAAAGAAGAGAUUCUGGACGAGAAGGCAUUCAACGAUUUUCUUACCACGAGAGACCGUGGUCGUGGGCCAUGGAUAAAGAUGGUUAGAUCAUUUAUGCGCAAGGAUCGUGCUUGUGCUAUGACACAUGCCGACCUUCAUCCCCGUAAUAUUGUCGUGCAGUUAGUCCGGCGUAGCGAGAAUGGCGCCAGUGCUGAUUACUUGACACAGAAGGAUGUCAAAGUGCUCGGCGUUAUUGACUGGGAUAAGAGUGGCUGGUAUCCAGAGUACUGGGAGUUUGUGAAGGCACUGAAUACCAUCGUCGUGGAUGAUCCCAUGCAGGACUGGUCACAGUGUCUUCCCCACUCCAUUGGCCUUUUGGCCGGUGGAACGUUCUUUGGAUAA